AUGAUCGUUGCAGCAGGAGGAUCUGGUUCCAUUUUUUUAUAUGAUGGGGCUCCAGGAGGUGGGAAUAACACAUAUUUUUGGAAAGAGCCAAAUAAAAACGUGUUUGAGGAAAGAUCAGAUCCUUCAUACUUAACAGAAACCAAUCAUGGUGGUAAUGCAGUGAAUGGAUCUGGAGGUGGUGCUGGAUAUAGAGGUGGGAAAGGUGGUGAAAAUAGUGAUAAUAUCACAUCAAUUGGAAUCAGCGGGACAUCAUUUAUAUCUCCAUCUAGUUCUUUCACUUUUACAGAGAUUAUAAAUGGGAAGAACAAGCCAAAUUAUGGAGAUGGAUAUGUCAAAAUAACUUAUGAUUACUUGUGUAUAUCUAAUUGCAUAGAUUGUGAUAAUGGAUCAUCUUGUAACAAAUGUGAUUCUUCGCAUGUUAAAUACAAGAAUAAAUGCGAAUAUCAAUCAUGUCCAAAUUCUACUUUUCAAGUUGGAACCGAGUGUUUUGAUUGUCGGUCAAACUGUGAAAAAUGUCGUAAUAGCACAACAUGCACUAGAUGUGAGCAAGGCUUCUUCAUGAAAGGGAAUGAAUGCCAUGAGUGUAGUGAGAACUGUUUGAACUGUACUUCGAAGUACAAAUGCACUGCAUGUCGAUCUACUAGUUUUAGAAUUAACAAAAAAGGAAACUGUACAUUAAUCAAUACAGCUUCAUAUAAAGACUUCUUUGAUGUCCAGACGUUUUCAAGAAGGAUUCAAAAGAACAGAAGAAUUUGA